UUGAUAUUUUUAUAUUUAUGCCAAUUAACUAACUCUGACGUAAUUCGGUUAAUAAAUUCAAAAUUUUGUUUGAAUUUUUAAUUUUAUAUUUAUUUACGAAAAAAAAAAACUGAGAAUUUUGUGACUUGAUUUACUGCGACGUUGAUGUUGGCAAUACUAUAACCUCAAAUUCGAAAAAUGUUUGUUGAAAUUAUUUACCAUGUACACAGUUUAAGUAUUAAAAAUAAAUAAAGAAAAUGAGUGAGGAGAGAUUAGUUACUGAGGUACCUAGCAGCCUAAAACAACUGGCUAGGUUGGUCGUUAGGGGUUUUUAUACAAUAGAGGAUGCUUUAAUUGUUGAUAUGUUAGUUAGAAAUCCCUGUAUGAAAGAGGAUGAUAUUUGUGAGUUACUUAAGUUCGAGCGUAAAAUGUUAAGGGCGAAAAUAGCGACCCUAAAAAAUGAUAAAUUUAUACAAGUCCGGUUAAGAAUGGAGACUGGAGCUGAUGGAAAGGCACAGAAAAUAAACUAUUAUUUUAUUAAUUACAAAAGUUUUGUAAAUGUAGUUAAAUAUAAAUUAGAUAUAAUGAGAAAAAGAUUAGAGACUGAAGAAAGAGACGCGACCAGCCGGGCCAGUUUUAAAUGCCCAGGGUGUCUGAAGACAUUCACAGAUUUAGAAGCGGAUCAGCUAUUUGAUUUUAUGACUGGUGAAUUUCGGUGUACAUACUGUAGGGAAGUGGUUGAAGAAGAUUCAUCUGCUUUACCAAAAAAGGAUUCUAGGUUAUUAUUGGCCAAAUUUAAUGAACAACUUGAGCCUUUAUAUAUUCUGUUACGUGAGGUAGAAGGUAUUAAAUUGGCUCCAGAAGUACUGGAGCCAGAACCAGUGGAUAUUAGUACAAUUAGGGGACUUGACAAAAAACAAAAUCCUCAACAACCUACAGACACUUGGUCUGGAGAAGCAACAAGAAACUCUGGCUUUGCAGUUGAAGAAGCAAGAGUGGAUAUUACCAUUGGCGAGGAAACUCAAAAUAAUAUGGCCAAUCGGAAAGAAGCGCCAAUUUGGAUGAUGGAAUCAACAGUAAUCACAAAUACAGAUUCUCUAGAUGCUAAAACAAGUGAUUCAGUCUUGGAUUCUGCUACUGAAACAAGUACUGGCAACAAGGAUGACAUCAUGAGUGUGUUGCUUGCUCAUGAAAAGAGACCUAAUACCAGUGCAGCAAGUGCAGUUAGAGGUUUGAAUAAUGAUUCAGAUUCAAGUGAUGAUGAGUUACAUGAAGUGAAAGAAUCAAAUGUGGAUACAAUGGACAGUGAUGAUGAUGAUGAUGAUGGAAAUGUGCCCUCAGUUUCUGUAGGGAACCGCACAUAUGCCAUAACUGACAUCAAUGAUACCAUAAUAGCUGAAAUGACUCAAGCUGAAAAAGAAAUUUAUGUUCAAGUUUUCCAAGAUUAUUACUCUCACAUGAAUUACUAAUUGUUAUCUGGAAUUUAAUUUUGUAUAUUUCUGUAAUUUUUCCACUACAGUGUUUAUUUUCAUAUUUAAGUAAGAAUCCUCAUUUAUGAGUAAUAUAUUUUUUAAGGACA